GGUUGAUUCAUCGAGAAUGGUCGAGAAGUGUUCCGCUGGAGCCAAACUAUAGCCCGUCACAAACGCCCUCUACUGACAAAUUUAUAAGUUCUUUGAGCAACAUCGUUCUUCAUUUGUUUCUCGUAACCGCCAAUCAGAUCUUUCUAAACUUAAAAAAAAUCCGCCAUCUUUUCUCGGCACUUUUUUCCUCGCCGCGUGUGGGUCGUGGUGCGACGGGUUAAAGCUGUUUUCUUGCAACAGUAUCUGAUUUCCGUAUUGAUUGAUAAUUUCUAAAACAGUCAUGUGGGAAGAUAAUUUAGGUAAAGUCAAGGCAAGGCGGAGCAAAAAUUCAAAACCAUACGAAAGGCCCAAGUCGAUUUUGAGGCGAGUAACAGAUUCAGUUACUGGAUUGUUACCACAACCUUCUUGGCUGGUGAACUGGUUACAAUCUACAUCAGCUAAAAAAGAAGAUAGUGAAAAUGAUGAAGUUGAGGAAGAACAACCUGUGCCGUCAACCAGUUCAUCCAGCAAUGGUAACAGCUCCCACCGAGAAGGUGUUGAAAGAGAGUCCUUCAUAUUUCGCAGACCACCUGGGACAUCCAAAGAACAAAGCAACACAGUAAGAGCUCGUCCAAAUGUCCCUUCUUUGGACUUACUUCCAGAGCCAGUAGUGGUUGAAUCAAGUUCAAGAGAACAAAUCGUUCAAACAAAUGGUGAUGAUGACUCCAACUCAGAGUCAACUAGCGGAUGUUCCUCAUUGUUACCCCAUCUCGAGCAUAAGAGGGAGAGCAGAAAUAUAGAACUAUCAAGUUUGGGAGUUGCUGAACCUCUCUCUAUUAAUCAAUCUUCACUGCAAAUCAUUGGAAGCUCUUUGAGCAAGUCCCUAGCAGUUGACCUCAAAAAUAGCCGUGGACGCAAAACUCUCAGCCUUCAUACUUUUGGUCAUGAUACAAGUUCAGGUAUAACUCCCACAGAAGAAUCAAGGUUCCACAAGGAUACAGAAGAGGCUAGUGGCUCAUUUUUCGACAAAGACGACACUUCACUCAAUCGUUCAGCUGCCAAGCGAGACCUUUCCCAACCUCAACUUUCAUCGUAUGGAAGCAAGAGACCACGCUUCAAUAUAACUUCAUUUGGACCUACGGCUGCUGAGGCUAGGCGGUCUUUAAUGAACGAGAGUGUUGUAGACUCACCAUUUUAUGCUGGUAAGACGACUUACGGUGGUGCUUCAGCUUAUCGCCGUGCCACUUUACAACCUUCAGCUGCACUAUUCCCAUACGUGCGAAGUCGAAUUCAGGCUAGGCCUGCGUCUUCAGCUCCAUCCACUUCGAGUUCUGUUGCUUCUACCAGUUCGUCAAAUGUUGUACUUAGUAGUUCAGCUCAACGAAUCCUUCAAGCACUCGAAGCCAUGUCAACACCAGUGAGAGAUGCAAAAAGGAUUCCUGCUGCAUCCAACAGUAAACGAUCCACUUCUUUACAAGGCGAAGAACUUUCGUUCACUGGGUUUGGUUUGAGUCGCCGACGUCCAAAUUUGGGACCUCCAACUUCCAAAUUAUCUGUCGGUACUCCGGCACAGAUUGUCACCCGACCAGCUCCAGCAAACUUGUCUCAAAUAGAACCAGCACUAGUAUCGAGCACCCCCAUCAGUGCCCAAGUUGGUGGCAAGAUGCGAAUGAGGAUGUCAGCACCACUUCGUAAAUCGGCUCCUCGUAUUCGAGAGGAUGAAGAUGUAGAGUCGGAGGAGCUCACUGCUGUGCCAAUGCCCAUUAGUAUAGCAGGUCUACCUAGUUUCAACUUGCUACCUCCUUCCUCGGUGGUAGAAAAAGCAACUGUUGUAUCGACAAAGUCUUCAGUGAAAACAGCAGCAGUAAUGAGUUCCAAUGGAUUGGUUAGUUCUUCAAUGACGAGUACCUCAGCAGCUCGUCCAGCUUUCACGUUUUCAGCACCGUUGGUUACCGUCAGUCCGUACAAGGUAGAUGCAGCCGUCAGUUCGAAGCCGCUCAGUUUCAACUUCAGCUCCCCAUUGCUCGUCAACGCUUCUCCGAAAAAAACACCAGAGAAGGAGACUCCAACUAAACCCGCAGAAGUGGAAUUGAAAUCUGGAAGUGUCCUUGAUGUUCUCAGAGGGAAAAGUCAAGAAGCUGUGCCCGUUUUGGAGCCAGUAACAAAGUCACCACCGGUUCUUUCAGGAUUUGGAGAUAAAUUCAAGGCACCUACCGAUUCUUGGACUUGUUCUGUCUGUUGCGUUCCCAAUUCCAAGGACAAAUCUUCGUGUGUGGCAUGCGAAUCUCCAGCCCCCAAUGCAGUAAAAGCAAUGCCUAUUGCUCCUGCUGCUGCUGCUCCUGUUGUACCUCCAACAAAAGGAUUCGGUGAUCAAUUUAAAAUGACCGCCGCUCAAUGGGAAUGUUCUGUGUGUAUGAUCAGGAACGCUGAUAAAGAAGAUCGAUGCAAAUCUUGCGACGAAGCACGCCCGGGAUCCAAGCCUGCAGUUAAACCCAGUUCGGUUUCAACCUUUAAAUUCGGCAUUCAACCUGGACAACAAACAGCUCCCAAGUUUGGAACGGAAUCGUCAACUUUGACCCAAACAAAAGGGUUUUCUUUUGGGACUUCUAGCGAAAAGGAAGAAAGUUCUUCUUCAGGAUUCAAAUUUGGCGCCAGCAUUGAAGUAUCGAAAGAUAAAAGUGUCACCCCUGGAUUCAAGUUUGGAAAUGUGAUAGAACCCUCUAAGAAAAUAGAAGCGUCUUCUAGCGAAUCAGUAGUUCAAGUCGUUGAACCCAGUAAAAUUCCUGAAAAAGCAGGCUUUAAAUUUGGUACAUCGAUUGAACCAAGCAAGAAAACGGAAGAAACAAGUGGUGGAUUUAAAUUUGGAAUUGAGAAGAAACUAGAAGAAACCAAAGCUAUCACUUCUACUGCGCCUGUAGCUUCUCAAAACACAGGACCCAUCGAAUUAUUCCAAAUCAAACCAAAAGAGCCAACACAGAAAGCUGAAGAACCAAUUGUGUUUGGGCGCCAGACGGACUUGGCGACAGACGACGAGAAGAAAACAGUGGCGGAUUCACAAUUUAAAACUUCGGUCCUAUCCAAUCCAGCAGCGUUCAAUGUUGCACCGACAACCACAUCGUCAGCCUCUAAAUCGAGUCCCAUUUUUAGCUUUGCACCUGCAGUUCCUGACUCGAAGGUGUCUUUACUGGAAACCGGCAGCGUGAUGGAUAUUCUCGGGAAGAAACCCACGGCCCCAUCGGACAUUAAACAGGCUCCUGUCAGUUCGGCAUCCUCAUUUUCUUUUGGAGCAACGGAACAAACAAAGCCUACAUUUGCGUUUGGCAAACCAGAGACAUCGACAGAAAAGCCAACCUUCAAUUUUGGUGAGGCCACCGAGAAAGAAUCGCAGAUUCCCAAAAGUACAUCGUCGAUACCUACUACUACUACCACCACAUCAACUCCGUUUAGCUUCACUGGAGGUGCGACGUCGACUCCUUCUCUAUCGCUAUUCAAACCGGCUACUGCGCCGUCUUUCAAUUUUGGUGGCCCAACAGUAUUUGGUGCUUCAGUUUCAUCGGCACCAACUUUCGGUGCUUCAACAACUGUCGCAACGUCUACGAGCCCGCCCUUUGGCAUCACAACUUCAGCACCUGCUCCUUCCACUUUUGGAUUACCUACUACUACUGCGUCGUCGAUUGCUUUCGGUCUAUCGACCUCUACAACAUCUCUCCCAACUUUUGGUUCACAAACUGCAACGGCCGUCGCCCCCACGGCAUUUGGAAUGACGGCUGCUCCCCCCAGUUUCAGUUUACCUACUACUACCACGAAAUCUACCUUGGGAUCGGCUGUUCCGGCAAGCUCUAGCUCCCUUUUUAAUUUUGUUUCAGGUGCGGGAGCUACGCCUACGACUAGCACGUCUACGGCCGCUGCGCCGUCUAUGUCUUUUUCGUUUGGAACGCCACAGACUACGACCGCAUCGUUCAUCAAUUUCGGAUCACCUGCUCCCCCAGCGUAUCAAUUUCCUAAAGAUGCCGCCAAACCCGCUAGUAGUGGUGGAUUCGGGUUUGGUGCUUCAACAACGUCCGUCCCAUCGUCAUUUGCUUUUGGAGCUUCAAACGUUGCCACUCCGGUCACGACUCCUUCAGAGGCACCCAAAAUGCAGUUUAACUUUGCAACUUCCCAGCAAACAACACCUUCAACGGUCGCUGCUCCUACUUUUGGAACUUUCGGUACUGGUGCUCCCAAGACCACGUCGGCUCCGUUUUCAGGAUUCAAUGCCACACCAUCUUCUACUCCUGCAUUUGGAGCCGCAGCAUCGUCUCCGUUUGGUUCAUUACAACCGACAGGUUUUGGGGCUGCUGCUGCUGCUGCUGCACCUUUUUCAUUCAGUGCCCCAUCGGCUUCUGCUUCAUCCGCCUUCACUGCGUCAUCUAGUUUCAAUUUUAGUGGGUCUGCUGCUGCUCCUGCCUCCGCUGCUCCGCCUCAACAACCGCCCGGCCUCUUUCAGUUUGGCAUGAAUGCCGCUCCACCAGCCGUCAAUUCGGGUUUCAAUUUUCCACCGGCUGCGACGUUUAAUCCGCCUGAUGCUCCGUCUCCCGGGUUCGCUGCGGGUUUUCCUGGAGCCAACCCUUUUGACAACACCGGCAGUGUAGGUGGAGCCCGGAAAAUGCGCAAGGCAGUUCGACGAAGAUAGACAAGAGAGCAGCCCUUUGGUGGGGGUAUGACCCAACAUUAAGCGACUUGAAAACAUUUUUUUUUUUUUAAACUGUGUGUGUGUGUGUGUGUGUGCGGAAGAGCGUGUGUGCGCGCAAGUGUAUGUAUGAAAUUCCCAUGUGUAAUUACUUCUCUCUUUCAUCCCUUUACCUUUUUCAGAACUUUUCAUGUGGCAUUGAACUUGCCUUUCACAUUCUCGGGGCCAAUUGGAGCUUCAGGGCUCUUUUUUUUUUUUACAUUAGAAGGGACACGUCGAUGACCCGUUGUGAUUUUUCUGUACAGAAAUUAGUAAAAUGCGAAAUUAGAUCAAUCUGAUUUCUUAUACUUGGCAAUCUGAGAGAAUGUGCAUGGCAUUUCCAUUCGGCCUUUUUCUUCAUCUAUAUUUAAUGUGUCUGCUCUUUACCAGGGGUUGAAUUUAAUGGUGUGUGAAAUGCUCUAAAUUCAACCUCUUAUCCUGUUUGCUUUUUUUCUUGACAUAUUACCUAACAAAAUUCAAAUCUGGAAGUCGUCAUACAUUACCGGAACAACCGACAAAUUCAUUUCUUCUGAAUUGCGGGGGGUUAGUUAGAUAUAAUAAUGUCGGGGAGUUUUACUUUGUGGAACUUGUGGGAAAAAUUUUGUAAGCGGAUCGACUCUAUAAAAUGAAUUAUUUUCUCUUCCUUGCUCAGUGGCUCUCAUCUUACUUGGAACUACGGCGAUGUGAACCGAUGUUAUAGAAACAAAAGCGUUCCAACUAGUGCUCUUUCAAAUAAACGACGUUGAUUUGUGA